GCUUACCUGGGUCUAGUCGCAGCCGCACAAUGCUGGAUUGCAUCAUUGGGUACACGAAAUAGAAGCCUGCAUCGUAUAGACGAUCCUGAUCAUCCGGAGAUCUGUGAGGUGACCGGACGGGUAGUCGUGUAUAAAUACCGUUGACAAAUCCCGCUCGGCACUUGGCAAACUCUGUCAUGCUCGCUAUACGAGCUUCUUUAUACCGCCCGAAGCCGCCGCAGUAGCAGUCACGAUGAGAUUCGGUCUCAUUUCGACGGUGUCGCUCCUCGCAGCAAGAGGCGUUCUGUCGACCAAGACCCCGCUAGGUUUCGAGCGACGCGCUCUACUGCGCGAGUUCUCCAAGCGCGCUGACGACUCUACAUGUUCGACAUGCUCACUGUACGAAGAUGCACCGUCCACCGCGGCACCUAAACCCAACGUCUGGAGCUCGGUCUCGGCGGAAGACAAUACGGCAGUGUGGCAACUUCUCCACGACCCAGCUUCAGGGCUCAAUUUGACGGACGUGUCAGUCGCAGGUGUGAAUGACAACUAUCUGUUCUACAUCGACACAGUACCCAUGAACAAGUCGGAGGUUUUGCCCUACCUAGACGGCCCGGGACCUAAGCCUGCUCAGUAUGCCAGGGCCAUCAUUUUCGAGGGCGGUAAAGAAGAGCCAGUGUCGCAGGAAUACAUGGUCGGUCCCCUACCAGUCAGCAGCGAGACAACAAUCCAGAAACUGGACUACCUAUACAACGGUGGUGCGGGAGGUUCCGUCCCGUUCAAUGGCAGGACCUUUGAUGCCAUGCGGAUCCUAGCAUCCGAUCCAAUCCUGGUGGAUGUCAUGUCAAACAUCACCGACAUCACGGCGAAGCUGUUGGGCGGUGUUUGGUAUGGAGACUACGAUGAGAGGUCAACAUUGACGUCCAUCACAACCUCCCCGACAUCAUUCGACGGCAAUUCAGCCUACCGUAUUGUGGUCUUCAAGUUCCCCGGGCCGGCGUCUUACCUGCGCUCGGUCGACUUCUAUCUCAUGGUGGAAUGCACAGGCACCGACACCUCUCUGUACAAGUUGAAAGGCAUUGUAACCAACACCAGGUUCUUUCCGACCGUCGAAGACUUGCGCACAGCGUUUGAGGCAGGAGAACUGACGGAGCAGUUCUACGUGCCCGAGGACUAUGAUUGGGCACUAGUCAACCUCGACGAGUCAAUGGGCAAGCGUGACCUCGAGGAAAAGUUCGCGCCGCAAAGCAUCGCACUCGGUGGGAAACGCUACAAGCUCGACAGCGAGCAGAAGUAUGUGGAGUAUAUGGGUUGGUCGUUCUAUGUCGCCCACACGUUGAGCCUUGGUGUCAUGUUCUAUGAUAUCCGCUUCAAGGGUGAGCGCAUCUUGUACGAGUUGUCCAUGCAAGAGGCCGCCGCUCAAUACGGAGGCUUCUCACCCAAAGCUGCCACCACACUCUACCAUGAUACCUACUACCAGCUAGGAGGCAGUCUGUACCAGCUCGUGGAAGGUUUUGAUUGUCCGUUCGGGUCUUCGUUCUGGAACGUCAGCGCCCACGACGGAAACACGACAGUCGUCUUCCCUGAUGCCAUCUGCAUCUUCGAAUCUGAUGCUGGCUACCCUCUCUCGCGCCAUCGUGCGGCAGGUGGCACGACCCUAUUCGGUUUCGAGAACAUUGGGGUCACCAAGGCCUCUCUUCUAACGAUGCGCUCCAUUGCCACGGUUGGCAACUAUGACUACCUCUUUGACUACGCCUUCCACGUCGACGGCUCUUUGGAGGUCACCGUCCGCGCUUCUGGGUACCUCCAGUCUUCUUUCUAUUAUCCAAACCAAAACGACAAGUGGGGCCCGCGGGUGCAGGAGGCCGUCCAAGGAUCUCUGCACGACCACGUCAUCACAUGGAAAGCCGAUUUCGACAUCCUCGAUACCGAAAACAACCUGGAAGUCACCGAGAUACGCGCAGCGCCGACAGAGCAACCCUGGUGGCCCGAACUCGGUACCUUUGAGCAGAUCGAGCUGAGCCGAUACAACAUGGAGACGGAGCAACAAUUCAACUGGGCCGAAAAUGGACAGAACAUGUACUGCGUCAAUCAUGCCACCAAGACUAACAAAUGGGGCACCAACAGAGGCUACCGCAUCGUUCCAGGGCGAUCUAAUGUUCAUCUGACCACGCUCAACUCGCCGUUCAGCCGAAACAACUCUCAAUUUUCCAAGUCUCAGCUGGCGGUUACGCGGCAACAUGACACAGAAGUGUGGGCCAACAGUAUUCAGAACCUCAACAUGCCGUACAAGCCCCAGCAAGAUUUCUCUAAGUUCUUCGAUGGCGAGAGCAUCGAAGGAGAAGAUCUGGUGGUAUGGUUCAACCUUGGUAUGCACCACUUCACAAGGUCGGAAGACGUCCCCGUGACGCUUUACAACGAAGCUGUCAGUAGCAUCAUGUUUGCGCCACAAAACUUCUUCGAUAGAGCGCAGGAUGGCGAUUUGCAGAACCGACGAUGGAUCACGCCAGCCGAGAACUCUACGACGGAGCUGGUAUACGAAAAGUUUGGUAUCGAGCUCCCCCAAUGUAGGGUGGAGCUCAAAGAGGGAAGCGUCAAGCCUCUCGAGGUUGUUUAAGCAUGUAAUCUAGGUCAGCAUAAUUAUCAGGCCGUACCGCGAUCGAAAAUACGCACGAUCUGCAAGGUCUCAAAGGUUCGAUGACCGUCCUAACAACAGCGUCCGUUUCGUGCUCCGCGUGUGUCCAAGUAGCCACAGGG